CCUGUCCCUCUCACAAGGCGCUCUUUAAGCUCCGGUGUUGCCACACAGAGCAGCCAUUCAUCGGCUCUACAGUCAGCCACACACACUUCCAUGCUGAACCACUGGACAUCUAAAUUGAUUUAGCCGCUGUUGCUGUAAAGGAUUUCCAGCUGAAGGUGGAAAGCAUUUGGAGACUUUUACGCAGCAGUAUGUCUUUGCCUAAGAAGAGUCAACAAUAACUGGGAUCCUUGACACCCCGGACAUUUACUUGAAACCAUUUAAUUACUCCGAGAAGUUAGUUCUGUGGAAAAGUUUUCAUUUGAGGAUUGUCCUAUAAUUUAACGAAAUUGAAAAGGAAAAAUGUCCGGCGAGGAGCACAGCCUGUCCGAGGCGGAGCUGAGUCCCGCAGGGUCAGACGAUGGUCACUCACUGUCACCGACUCAACCUGGAGCCACGCCCGGCCAGGACUCACCUCUGACGGGGCAGCAGCAGCUGACCGCCCUCUGUGUCGCGGACGGCAGCAGUGAUGAUGGAGGCAGACCCAGAGCCAAGGAAGAGGAAGAGGACGAUCGUUUCCCGAUCGGCAUAAGGGAGGCGGUCAGUCAGGUGCUGGACGGGUAUGACUGGACACUUGUGCCAAUGCCGGUGCGCGUAAACAACGGAAACAAAGCUAAACCCCAUGUCAAAAGGCCAAUGAACGCCUUCAUGGUGUGGGCGCAAGCGGCGAGGAGGAAACUCGCGGACCAGUACCCCCACCUGCACAACGCAGAGCUCAGCAAGACACUGGGCAAACUGUGGAGGCUACUGAAUGAGACCGACAAGAGGCCAUUCAUUGAGGAGGCAGAGAGGCUGAGAAAACAGCACAAGAAGGACUACCCGGAGUACAAGUACCAGCCCCGGAGACGCAAAAAUGGCAAACUGAUGCCUUCUAAUGAGUCAGAUAGCCAGGGGGAAGGGGAGGCCAGCCACUCCCAGUCUCACUACAAGACUGUGCAUCUUGAGCACAAUGGCGGGGCUGGGUCUCCACUGGGUGACCUGCACCACCACCACCAUCAUCACCACCAUCCUGCUGGUCAGGGUCACAGCCCGCCAACUCCACCUACCACCCCAAAGACAGAACUCCAGUCUGGGAAACUGUCAGAUGCCAAGAGGGAGGGGGGAGCAGGAGCGCCUGGAGGAUCAGGGGGGCCCAGGGGAGCCCUUGGGGUUGGAGCUGAAGGGUCAUCCGGUGGUCCCUCAUCUUCAAGUGCUAAACCCCACAUCGAUUUUGGCACCAUGGACAUCGGCGAGAUCAGCCAUGAGGUGAUGUCCAACAUCGAGCCAUUUGACGUGAACGAGUUUGACCAGUACCUCCCUCCAAAUGGUCACCCUCAGAGCGCGACUGGGGCUCCUGCAGCUGGAUCCUCGGCCUCGUCCUACGCCUACGCCCUGGCUGCUGCAAGCGGGCACUCCGCCUGGCUGUCCAAACAGCAACAACAGCCUCAGGCCUCCCCGUCUUCCUCCGACCCAUCCAAGGCUCAGAUCAAAAGUGAAUCUGUCUCUGGUACCCACUACGCCGAAGCCUCAUCCUCUCCCUCCUCAGGCACCCAUGUCACCUACACCCCACUCAGCCUGCCUCACUAUGGCUCCGCAUUUCCAUCGUUGGCCUCCAGAGCUCAGUUUGAGUACGGAGACCACCAGGCCUCCGGGGCAUACUAUGCCCACUCCAGCCAAGCCCCUGGGCUGUACUCAGCCUUCUCCUACAUGGGCCCUACACAGAGGCCUCUGUACACUACCAUAGGAGACCCCUCCAGCGUGGCGCCCUCUCACAGCCCCACUCACUGGGAGCAGCCUGUUUACACCACACUCACAAGACCUUGAGGGAGACCAGCUGAGCAGAAGGAAAUAUGGGAAGUGUGUGAGUGGAUCUGUGUGUGUGCAAAAUAUGUGAGUGUGAGCGCGCGCGUGUGUGUAUGCCCGUGCCAUAUCGAUGUUAUAUUAGAAGUUUUUACUUUUUUAGUCAGUUUAAUGCAAUGUGCAUCCAUGGGGCCUUAAACAGUUAAAAAAAAUACCCACACAGUAUAGAGUGUGAUUCCUGGGUCAUCCACCAAUCAAAACCAGAAGAAAACUUAACAAACAUGUGCCAUCAAAAAUUUCGUAGGUUGGGACAUACAGGAAAGGGUGUAAAGAUAGACAAGUGAACGAGACGUUGAAAGUGGACAAAUGGAUUGAUGAGUGACUCCGAUUUGACCCAGAAGUGCUGGGUUUAGACUGACAUAAUCAGAAUUUAUUAACCAAACUAAAGGUUGUUUGUGAUGUCUUUGUGUUAUUUUAUAUGAGUAGUAAGUUUAUUGUCAUUGUGGAUAUCCUAGGGUGUAACUUUAUUGUGUUUGAUAUGAUAUUACACAUCUACAUCUGCACCACUGCUUUUGGGGGGUAAAAAAAAAAGACAUCUUUCAAUGAUCCCUGGGGUUGUUUUUUCAUGGCCGGAAAAGGAUAGCUGCAACUUUUCUUUCUCUGUAGAUAGUGCAGUCUCACUGUAUCACUGUCCUGCCUUUAUAUUAACUUUGCUGAAGUGAUCAAUGAAGCAUUUAAGGGGAAAAAUAGGAAAAAGAGAGGGAAAGAGAGCUCUAAAAGAUGCAUUUCGACUUGUUGCUCAGUCUCGGACACUUACCUCAGCUCUGUUUGUUUUGUGCCAACAGCAAAGGAGAAAUAUGACUGGAUACAUGGGUGACUAAAGCAAAUUUCCACUUUUCUUUUUGAUUACUAAGUGCCUAAAAGAUUCCUGAUCCACCUUUAACAGAGUUCAAAUCUAUAAGUGCAAAGUCUCAACCAAAUCUCUCAAGAUAAUUGGCCAGCUUGGGUCCUGCUUAAGGAUUAGAAUCACAUGUACGGCCGUUCUGCUCCGCAUGUGGGCCAAAGCCACGCUUUUGUUUUUACAUUUUCUUCCUAUGUUGCGCCCUCUCCCCCCUUUUACCAAUGUGAAUAAUGGUCAUUACCACAGCUUCAUCUUUAUUACGUGACACAUACUUUAUCAUUUUAUACUGACCCUUUUCUCACAUAGUUGAUAUUUUUAUGUAAGUAAUAAUGCAUCGUGUCACACCUUUGUUUCUUCCAUUUUGUAUAAUUCUGGAUAGUUUUGUAAAGUGUUUGCUAUACAUUCACUUGAGUAUUUUGCUUCCUUACCAGAAAAGCAAUGUUGAAAUAUUAUUGUUGUCAUCUAUUAAAUCAAUUUAUUUAUAAAAAAACAAAAGUCCUGUGUGAGAGUGAUUUAAUGCAAUGGUAGUGGUUCAGGUAUAACAUAUGAAGCAAGCGAAGGGUGAAAAAAAGUAGAAAUUAAUUAAAAACACACAGCUGAUGUGUGAACUGUAAUAACAACACAACCAGAGCCCCACCACUAUAAGCUGUUUAGUGUGUUUGUGUGUGUGGUAGGCUAAAAUUGACUACUAAUUCCCCCACAUUUAAUCGGCUGGGGACUGCGUGUUACUGAGAAAGACAAAGAGAGCCAUUCAACGAAAGCAAGGGACAGAAAGAGAGAGAAGGGGUGGGUGUAAAGAGUCAGAGGCAAGGCCAAUUUCAGCUCAGUAACCAGCGUACACUCGGACUUUUGUACAUGGCCUUCCUUUCACUCUACCCUCUCCUCUCCACCUGAGGUUCCCUCCCUGCCUCCACACUCAGCUGCAGUUUAAACCCAU